GCCUGUCCCCACCACUUAUAGGCCUGUCCCCAUCACCCCUGGGCUGCCACCUCCUCCCGGUUCUACUUCUGAAACCCAUCCCCCUCGUGUCUCCCCCCAGGACUGCAGCGUUCUGGCCUUCGUGCUGGACCACCUGCUGCCCCACACACAGAACGCCGAGGACAAGGACACGCCGGCGCUGGCGCGGCUCUUCCUGGCCAGCUUGGCCGCCGCCGGCAGCGGGACGGACGCGCAGGUGGCUCUGGUCAACGAGGUGAAGGCAGCGCUGGGACGGGCCCUGGCCAUGGCCGAGAGCACCGAGAAGCACGCCAGGCUGCAGGCCGUCAUGUGCAUCAUCAGCACCAUCAUGGAGUCGUGCCCUUCCACCUCCAGCUUCUACAGCAGCGCCACCAAAACCCAACACAACGGCAUGAACAACAUCAUCCGCCUCUUCCUCAAGAAGGGCUUGGUCAACGACCUGGCCAGGGUCCCACACAGCCUCGACCUCUCUAGGUAUGCCCCACAUGUUGGGUUGGGGACACGUCGUGGGGUUGGGGACACGUCGUGGGGUUGGGGACACCCACUCUUGGUCACCGUGUUGGGUAUCGCUAUUUCUACGUUGGAUGGAUGGCGUUGACGUUGUGAUGUUUGUACCAAAAUGAUGGGGUUUGGGGCCACCUGGGAGCCACAGAGGGGACAUUUGGGGACAACCAGACCCUCUUGUCCCAUCGGCUGUCCCCUCCCCCAAGAUGACCAACACCAUAUGGUGUCAUGUCACCAAAUAUUGGUAUUUCUACAUUGGAUGGACGGCGUUGACGUUGUGAUGUUUGUACCAAAAUGAUGGGGUUUGGGGCCACCU